CAGAUGUUUGUUUAUGUCUUUCAGAUGAACUAAAGUGUUUUAAACAGGAAGAUAACUGCUGCCCAAGAGCAGUCUAUCCCCUAUUUCAACAAGUACAUGUGACAAACUACAUUUCGCUGCUUUACUGACCAGUAUUUCAGGAUAUUAAAUCAGGUGAUCAUAAUGGAGUCCGUAGAGUCCCGGCCAAAGCUAUUAAUUACCGGCUGGUCCUUUGUGAUGGGAGCAGGGAUGUUAAAUGUAAUAGCUAUUGGAACACCAUAUUGGAUCUAUUCGUCAGCUAUUUUGCGUGUUAAUUAUGCUGGACUGUGGGUAUUUUGUACAAAAUACUAUCUGAAUGCUGUUGCCGGAUGUGUCGAGUUAGAUUCUGAUUUUGGAUGGGUAAAGUCAAUAAGAGCAAUGAUGAUUUUAUCCGUGAUGUUCUUUGGAGCAGGCUUUGUAUCUUUCACUCUAAAAAUAUGGGUUUUAAAGACCCGAAAGGAGUUCGAAUAUUUGGGCAUCGCAUCAACAUUCGCAGGAGCAGUCUUUACCCUUGUUGCGGUUUCCAGAUUCGCCGACAUGAAAGAGAUGAAGAUCAACAGCGAUUACUCUCUGAGCUUUUCGUUUGUCUUCAGCAUCCUUGGAAUGAUUUUGGCUUUAGUCGCCUGUGGUUUGGUGGUUAUUCACAUUCGAAAGAGCAGUCAACCAGCGACCUCUAGUGAUUUCACAUAAACCAUGAGAACCCUUUUAUUCAUGAUCAGUUUUCAAUGUUAUCGGCACAUACCAAAUUAUAAUUGCUUAAUACUGUUAUCCUGCAAUUGCCUUAUAUUUUUUUUAUUAUAAAAUGCAUUUAAUUAGGAUGGAUUUGAAGAGUUUGUGUUGCCGUGUCACCCUUGUUAAAAACGUGGUACCGGUUUUUUUUUUCAAAUGGUUUAGAGAAUAUUAUUUCAUGUUUUAGUUUUAUAUAUUUUUUUAUAACGAAUACAUUUUUAAAAUUAUGAUUGAUUCAAAUAGAAAUGAGAUUUUCAAGUGAGUUGAUAGCUGUAAAAUUUAAGACAUCAUUUGACAUAUUGAACGUUUUGUAUUUUAAUAGUUAACGUUUUACCAUUUUAAUUGUCACCAAUGCCAAUGGCAAUUCUGUACAUUAUUAUUAUAUUUCCUUGCUUGUUUAGCGCUGAAUUUCAUAUUCCUUGGAAGCGUUUAAUAUUUAAACCCUGUCUUCAAUGUUUUAUUCAAGGCUUUUGCUUAUUACGAAUCUUUUUCAAUAAACAAACAGAAUAUCAGUGAAAA